AAUUUUGCUGUUUCCUCCUUGGCUGUAUUGAGUUGUGUGUCAAAGGCUAGGCGAGAGAUGUGGGAGGGAAGAAACUCUCUCAUUGGCACAUGUCAGUAUCUCUCCCCGCUCUUUCUCUGUCACCUCCACUUCCUUUCCUCUGGUCAAAGCUAAACUAUUACCACGGGAAUUCUCUCUUUUUUCUCCACAUCUUGCCGUUCUGUGCUCUGUAGUUUACUCUCAUUCAUCCCAAUCCCAUCACUUCGUUUAGGGUUUUCGUUCCCAAGCUCUUAUCUACCCUGUCACCUCUCCACCUUUGUGUUUUCUUUUGGCGGACUCCGAUUCUGGAGCUCCUGCCAACUGUCCAUUAGCCCAUACUUGAGAUUCUCACUUGGGUUUUGCCUUAUAGCUGCCAAUUUGCAUAUUGAAGCUGUGAAGAGCUGAAAAAGGUCUGGCCUUUGCUUGAUGGUGAGAGGGAAGGAGUGAAAGUUGGAGGACGGCUGUGCAGCUGGUUGGAUUUCCGCGCCACUAGAGAAAGGAUUUUAUACUGGCUUGGUGAAAGAAAGGUAUGCCUUGAGCAAUGUCACUCAGACUUCCUGCUCCUAAGGCGGCUGAGUAUGCGAUUGGCUCUAUAGGCCUUGGAUAUGACAUUGCAGUUGAUCUGAGAUUGAAGUACCGGAAAGGAGAUGUUAAUGAUUCACGCUUAAUUGAGAUUGAUGAAAAUGGUGGUCGAGAGAUUGUACUUCCCGGCGGGAUUGUCAUCCCGAAUGUUCCGAAAUCAAUAAAAUGUGAUAAAGGAGAAAGAACACGGUUUAGGUCCGAUGUUCUCUCAUUCCAGCAGAUGUCCGAGCAGGUCAACCAGGAGAUGUCUAUAACAGGAAAAAUCCCCUCUGGGCUCUUCAAUACCAUGUUUGAGUUCUCAGGCUGCUGGCAGAAAGAUGCUGCUAACACCAAAACCCUUGCUUUUGAUGGGGUGUUCAUUACACUGUAUACUGUGGCUCUGGAGAAGUCUCAGAUCGUUCUCCGUGAUCAUGUUAAGAAGGCUGUCCCGUCAUCAUGGGAACCAGCUGCCCUGGCCAAGUUUAUUGAGACGUUCGGAACACAUAUUAUUGUUGGUGUCAAGAUGGGUGGAAAGGAUGUAAUAUACAUAAAACAGCAGCACUCAUCAACUCUUCAAACUGCUGAUAUGCAGAAAAGAUUAAAAGAAAUGGCAGAUAAAAGAUUCUCAGAUGUAAACAGCCAGUCUUCUGAACCAGUAUAUCAAAAUAACAAGUUUGAGAUAAGAGAGCAGCGGUUGAGGUUUGCUGAUACCAGUCCUUCGAGUUCUUAUUCUAACAAGGAGGACAUCACAAGAAUAUACAAGAGGAGGGGUGGAAAUGACAAUGGCUACCGUUCACACAGUGAGUGGUUAAACACCGUACAAUUAGAGCCUGAUGCGAUCUCUAUGUCAUUCAUCCCUAUUACUUCCUUGUUGAAUGGAGUCCCAGGGAGUGGGUUCUUGAGUCAUGCCAUAAAUCUCUAUCUAAGAUAUAAACCCCCAAUUGAAGAGUUACACCAGUUUUUGGAAUUUCAGCUGCCAAGGCAGUGGGCCCCAGUGUUCAGUGAGCUCCCGCUUGGCCCACAACGUCGGCAACAUAGCAAUGCAUCACUACAGUUCAGCUUUAUGGGCCCUAAGCUGUUCGUGAACACAAUUCCAGUUGAUGUGGGUCAGAGGCCGGUGACUGGCCUUAGACUUUACCUCGAGGGGAAAAGAUGCAACCGCUUAGCCAUACAUUUACAGCAUCUGUCGUCUCUCCCGAAGAUCUUCCAACUCAAAGAUGACCCGGAUGGUGAUUUCCGCCAAGAGUCGUACGACCGUAAAUAUCACGAGAAGGUUCAAUGGAAGCACUUCUCACAUGUCUGCACAGCUCCAGUCGAGUCCGACGAGGAUCUCAACAUAGUAACAGGCGCCCGGUUACAAGUGGAGAACUCUGGGUUCAAAAGCGUUCUGUUCCUGCGGCUUAGAUUCUCAACUGUGUCGGGUGCUGCAGUUCUGAAGCAUCCCGAGUGGGAUGGCUCCCCAGGAUUGGCAGCUAAAUCUGGGUUGAUAUCUACAUUGAUCAGCCAUCACUUCACUUCAGUACAGAAGCCAGCUCCAAGACCAGCCGACGUCAACAUAAAUUCAGCUGUAUACCCUGGGGGUCCGCCGGUCCCAGUUCAAGCCCCCAAGCUUCUGAAGUUUGUGGACACAACAGAGAUGGCCAGAGGGCCACAGGACAAUCCUGGCUACUGGGUUGUUUCUGGGGCGAGGCUCAUGGUCGAGAAGGGCAGGAUCUCUCUUCGUGUCAAGUAUUCCUUGUUAACUAUUGUUUCUGAUGACGAUGAUGAUGAUUUGGAAGCAGUAGACACACUUCGAUGAUCGUUUCACUCGUGUCAAGCAAUCCAGCAGGCAAAGAAGAUAUCAAUGACAGACUCCAGCAAAGAACAUGAACAAGGAAAAGCUUGAAACGCUGCGAAGCUUGGAGCUUGAUCGCGAUGAUUAUGCACUUUCGGGCUCCAAGGUAUGUACAAAAUGGAGAUGGUUCCAAGUGAAUUCCUGGACCUAAGUUGCUGUGGACGACGACGAUUUCCCCUGCUAGAGUGUACUGUAAUCCUUGUGUGGUGGUAGAUUUCUCCUCAUUGUGCCUAGAGUUGGGAUUACACAGGGACAAACAAGUGUAUUUUUGGCGUUCCUCUCUGUGAUACGCCCAUGUCUUUUACUUCUUAUUCAUUGUUAUCAUUAUUUUUCCGGCAAUCACAGGUAGGGAGGAUCAGUUCUCAGUUGGAGCGCAGUGGUAAUCACAUUCAAUCUGUUCUAUAAUAUCAUACUUAGGAAGGGGAUAUAGCAUCACAAAUCCAAUUAGAAACCCUACUCCAGUGGAGGAAUCUUAACUCAAUUGUAAUGUCUCUGAUCCU